AUGGCCGAGUCGCGCGAGUCCCAGCGCUCUCUACUGCCUCCCGAAGAGGAUCUAGUAACGGUGCGACCGCAUCACUCAUGGCAUCCACUUGGCCGAUCGUCUCCUGAGCCCGACUACGCCUAUGCGCUAGGCCAUUACGAGUCGCGCGAGAGCUUUGCCGAAGAAGUCUUCCGUGAGGUAGGGCUGGGCAUCUCCAACGAUUCUGGAGAUACACUUCCCGCGCGGGAAAAUCGCAAGUCUUUCCAUUUAAGCGACCAUGAGAGUCAACACAGUGAAGCGACCACUCCCGGUUUCUUGAAAACGCCACAGGAAACACCAGCCAUCUCGACCCCGCAGCAUCCUGACUGUCCCAGCCGAUCGACAGUCCUCCAACGGAGGUUUGGAUGGGUCCCGGUUUCUAUUUUUCUGUUGGCAUUAUACGCGACCAUUUUUUCGGGUGUAUACCUCGCUAUCGCAUUUUGGAAACCGCGAUGGAAGACUGUGGGCAGUGGUGCGCCACUGGCUGCGUCCACUGCGAAUCUGCUUUGCGCGUUCUUUGCUAAGACGAUCGAAUUGGCCUAUGUGACUAUCUGUGUCGCAUUCCUGGGUCAAGUGCUCAGUCGACGAGCCAUGACGACGGACUCGCGCGGAAUCAGUAUCUCGGAUAUGAAUAUGCGGACGUGGAUUAUGCAACCAGGUUCGAUGCUGGUACAUUUUGAAACACUUCGAUACUCGGCGUUAACGUUCCUGGGUCUUAUUGCGUUAAUCGCGUCAUUUGUAGCUAUGCUAUAUACUACAGCUGCGGAGGCUUUGGUUUCUCCAAAAUUGACUCUCGGUCCGGUUGAGAAAACUAUCUUGUGGGGGAAUGUUAGUGCUAGCUUCGGUAACGAGGUCUACCUUGGCGAGAAUUGCCAAACACCGAUUCCGGUAUCGAUGGACUACGCUAGAAACACGACAUGUCUCGAAAUCCAGCAUGUAGGAUCGGCCUACCACAACUAUCAGCAAUGGAUUAGUACCUGGAGUGAGCUAGUGACCAGUGGUAACAAAACGUCAGAUCAGCUGGCUGACCGACCACCGCCUACUGGCUCCAUCUGGGACAAUACAACCGUCACUGGUAGCUGGGUCAAAAAGCAGAACAUAACCGAGCUAUCAGAGAAGCACAAACGCAUGGUGAACAAUAUCACAAUGGCAUUCCCACACGGUGGUAUCCCCGCAGCAGCCAUGAAUGCAAGAAACAAUAUCCGCCAGCCAAAGGACGCAUCAGGUGAAGGCAAAUACAACAUCGAAGCCUCGGUUCCAUCACCCGUAGUCAAUGUCCUAUGUGUUGGCAUGAACAAAUCUGAAAUAUCUCCAUUAGUCUAUUCAUCAUGGCCGAAUGCCCACUUCAAUGCGACGACCUGGAGUGUUGAUGGAUCACCCGAUAUCCCACGGACUCCAUCUUGGCUCAACAGCACAGUCGUCGACUCCAUUUUCGGCUUCGGUGAGGCAUACGGCCAAAGACCCCCGAUAUUUGGCACAUUUCCCGAAGAAUAUAACACUAUUCUCAACACAACAGGUCUCUGGCCUGCAAACGCAAUUUACCUUCUCGGCAAGCCAUCUGCAUCCUCUCCAGAAUACGUGAUGUGUGCCAUGAGAUCCACAUUAACAGCUGUCUGUUCGACUCACUACGAUGCAGAAUCAAGCGGCGCCUUCCUUUAUACCCAAUGCGAGGAUGAUUCUAAUCCCAUGCAAUAUAGCCGCUCUGACACUGUCUUCGAGGAGGGCGUCUGGUUGGCCGAUUGGAAGGACGUUGCCAGCGAAUGGGCGAACGCCCUGAGCCUCGGGUCAGGCAUUACAGAUUCUCAAGCUAGUAACGAGCGCCUUAUCAUGCAAAUGAUGCCGGCGCAUGAUAACGCAACAGACACAUACAGUCUUGACCCCAAACUUCCAUCUAUCGGCGAGGCGCUCGCUGUCAUGGCAGGUAGCACGCUGAUUCUCAGCACGCAAGAUUCUCCCUUCGUGCAGGGAUGGAACUACACAGACACUGUGAAUGAAAUUCUUCCGACCCCCCUGUAUCAGCACUUCAAUGCAACCUUACAGGCAGUCGGAUAUGCUUCGGGCGGCACAGAGGAAUGGCAGGGAGUCUUCUUCGUCAUUUUGAUUUUUGCCUUCCUCACCAGUACCGUGUGCUUAGUGUUCAUUAUCAUCGAAGCCCGCGGACAUCAAAUCACUGAUUUCACGGAGCCACAAAAUCUCUUCGCGCUGGCUAUGAAUAGUCCUCACAGUUCGCUUCUUCGAGGUGCCUGUGGCUGCGGUCCUGCUGGGCCCCAGAUGAAGGAGCGCUGGUUUAUUGGGAUGCAGGAGCAUGAUGAACACUAUUAUAUUCGUGCAAAAGCGGACGGAGCCACCCCUGAAGCGACAUCAACGGGGUAUUCGAGGCUUGAGCCUAUGGAAACAGACGAUUCUGGACUUAAGUCUGUGAGUCCGGCUGUUAAUGAGUUUAGAAGGAUUUCGAAUCGAGGUUCUUGGUUGGCGAAGCUUUAUUAG